GUGCCUCGCGAAGCUUCGAGGAACUACAAUUCCCAGCGCCCCCCGCGGUGAGGCGGGGUUGAGUCAGAACCGCACAGUCAGGCCAGGAAACUACAACUCCCAGGAGUUCUGGAGCCGGGCAGCUGGACUACGGGAAGCGGCAGGCGGAGGCCAGUUAUAGGAAACUCCGGGAUCAGGUUGUGAAAGCCCAGGGUUAGGAGCCACAGGCAUGCUGCGUCCCAAGGCUUUGACCCAGGUGCUAAGCCAAGCUAACACUGGAGGUGUCCAGAGCACCCUGCUGCUGAAUAACGAGGGAUCUCUGUUGGCCUACUCUGGUUACGGGGAUACGGACGCCCGAGUCACUGCAGCCAUCGCCAGUAACAUCUGGGCGGCCUACGACCGGAACGGGAACCAAGCAUUUAACGAAGACAAUCUCAAAUUCAUCCUCAUGGACUGCAUGGAAGGCCGUGUAGCCAUCACUCGAGUGGCCAACCUUCUACUGUGCAUGUAUGCCAAGGAGACUGUUGGCUUCGGAAUGCUCAAGGCCAAGGCCCAGGCCUUGGUGCAGUACCUGGAGGAGCCUCUCACCCAAGUAGCAGCAUCGUAAUGGACAUGGGUGGAAGCAGGGGUCAGAAAAGAGAGAUGACCAUUUGGAGGGGCAGGGCCCCCUGGUGAAACCUCCCCCUGGACUUUGGGGGGAGGGUGGGACUUUGUUUUUCCCAAGAAUAAACUUCAACUCCUGUCUUA